UAAAAGAGGCCUGCUGGGAUCAACUGCAGCAACACAAUUGGUUAAGCCUCCACAGAAGCAGCCUGAUAAUUACCUACAACAAGAUGAAAGGACUGUUACUCAUCACUAUCGCCUGCUUGUCGACCACCAUCCUGGCAGCUCCUGCUCCUGAACCCGCUCCAGAGCCAGCUCCUGCUCCUGCGCCUGCUCCCUCUCCAUCGCCCAGCAUUGGAAUCGGAAUUGGUCAUAGCUACGGUGGAUAUGGCCUGGGAUUGGGUCUAGGAAUCGGGCACUACGGAGGACUCCUUGGCCACGGCUACGGCGGCCACUACGGAGGACUGGGUCUGGGAUUGGGCUACCACGCUCCGAUCAUCUCCAAGACGAUCAUCGGCAAGAGCUACUUGGGCGGCUACGGCUAUGGCCUGGGCCACGGAUACCUCGGAGGCUACGGUCAUGGACUGUACGGAGGACACGGUCUGGGUCUGGGAUACGGACUGGGAUAUGGCUAUGGCCAUGGUUGGUAA